GUUGGUACUUCUUCCUUUUCUUUUCUUCUUUCUUGUUGUGAACUUCGCUAUCCAGCAUUUCUCUGUUGCUAUUUUCCUCCCUGGCUGCUUGACUAGCUUGACUACCUACCGAUCUGUUUACUUGCUCAGCUCAACCAGUCAGCGAUGCCCCCCGUAGGCCCGCGCGCCUCCAAAGAGGAAUUCAUGCAGGCGUUGGGCUUGAAUUCGCAGAAUCCGCAGCAUGAGCAGUACUAUCGCGCGAUGAGGGACGUCGCCAUCAUCAUCUACAACCGGCUGAACGAAAACACCUCGAACCUGCUCGACAGCGUCGCCACGGACCCUGCCACGCGCCCGCCGUUCUUCUGGCACCACAUCCGCCCCGAGCGCCAACGCUGGGGCAUCAUGGAGAUCGUCGCGCACGCCGGUCCCCUGACCGAGCCGUUCUUUGCGCGCGGCGCCACCGCCGGCGAGUACGGGCCCAAUUGGGUCGCCGGGUGGUUGCUGUACAGCGUGUUUCGGUCCCGCGAUGUGCGCAAUAAUCGGAAUCGGAGGAAGGGGGAGGAGCAGGGGCAAGCGGCGAAGAUGUCGUCGAAGUCGAAACAGGAUGAGGGUCCGCCGAAGAAGGAGUAUUAUGAUCCGGUGAGGAAUGGGUGA